ACAGUGAAAGAAAGAGAAGAAGACGAGCUGCAGGUUUCCUGAUUGGACAGAAUCCUGUGAACGACCUAAUCAUAUCUACACCAGAAUAUUUGUGACAGGGAUUUACAGUCUCAGUUCUGUGCUGAUCGGGUUGAAGAGAAAAGCUGGCUGUGUGGAUUUGAGGAGCUUUAUCACCGUUCUGUUUUAAAGCCUGAGACGGUUUGUAAUGGAGGCUGGACUGUGCGCUGUGAGAGAAACUCCACACACUCCUCCUGCUCAACACUUACAGCUUUCUGAAGAUGUGCACACUGAGGCUUUUAUAACUUCUGGUGAAGGAAUGUCCAUCAUCACUGUAGACCAUGAGGACGGAUGUUUCCUGAGAAAUCCUUUAAAACAGGAAGAAUCUGAAGACGAAGACUUUCUCUAUGAAGGUACAUCGAGCUCCGUGAGCUGCAUCACCCCUGUUGAUCAGACGGAUAGAGGAUUCCACGUGAAGCAUCUAAAGAAAGAAGAACCCGAAGAUGACGAAUACCUCUACUGUGAGGAUUGCAGAUUGUUCUUCAUUAACAAGUGUGAGGUUCACGGCCCAGCUCGCUUCAUCCCUGACACCCCUGUUCCCCUGGGAGUCCCUGACCGAGCCAGGCAAACACUUCCACCUGGUCUAGUGGUUCAGGAGUCCAGUAUUCCUGAUGCAGGCCUGGGAGUGUUUAAUAUGGGAGAGGCUGUUCCAGUUGGUAUGCACUUUGGCCCUUAUCAGGGAGACUUGGUAGACUGUGAGGAAGCUAUGAUCAGUGGCUACUCCUGGGUGAUCUACAGGGAGGGGCAGUGUGAACAGUACAUCGAUGGCAGGAGAGAGAUGCAUGCUAACUGGAUGAGGUUUGUGAAUUGUUCCUGUGAUAAUGAACAGAACCUUGUGGCGUUUCAGUAUCAUGGUGGAAUUUUCUACCGUUGCUGUCGACCCAUUAGACCAGGACAGGAGCUCUUGGUGUGGUACACAGAGGAGUACGCCAAAAAUCUCAGCAUCGCAUUUGGCUACAUCUGGAAGAAAAAGUGCUCUGCAAAUGAAAUGCAUAUUGAAACAAACCAGUGGAUUAACACACAAGAAAAGCCACAUCAGUGCUUACAGUGUGGUAAGAGAUUUACUGAGCGAGGUACUCUCGACAAACACUACCGUAUCCACACCGGGGAGAAACCGUAUCACUGCUCCGAGUGUGGAAGGAGUUUUACACAGCAGAGCACUCUCCAACGACAUCAGCGCAUUCACACUGGAGAGAAACCGUAUCUAUGCUCGCACUGUGGAGACAAAUUUUCAAACCAGAGUAAUCUCCAACGACACCAACGUGUCCACACUGGAGAGAAACCGUAUCACUGCUCACUGUGUGGGAAGAAUUUUACACAUCUGAGUACUCUCCAACGACACCAGCGCAUUCACACUGGAGAGAAACCGUAUCAGUGUCCCCACUGCGGGGAGAGAUUUACUCACCAGAGUCUCCUCCAGUCACACCAACGCCUUCACACUGGAGAAAAGCCGUAUCACUGUCCAUUGUGCGGGAAGAGUUUUACUGAGAGGGGUGCUCUUAAGAAACACCAACGCAUUCACACAGGAGAGAAGCCAUAUCACUGUCCAGAGUGUGGGAAGAAUUUUACUGAGAAAAGUGCUCUUAAGAAACACCAGCGCAUUCACACAGGGGAGAAACCAUAUUACUGCUCACAGUGUGGACGGAGCUUCACUUUCUCAAAAAGUACUCUCCAAACACAUCAACGUAUUCACACAGGAGAGAAACCGUUUCACUGCUCGCAGUGUGGAAAGAGUUUUACUGAACAAUGUCAUUUCCAAAGUCACCAACGCAUUCACACAGGAGAGAAGCCGUAUCUCUGCUCCCAGUGUGGGAAGAGCUUUACCCAUCAACGUAGUCUCCAAAGACACUACCGUAUUCACACAAGAGAGAAACCAUAUUUCUGUUUACAGUGUGGGAAGAGUUUUAAACUACAGCUAGAUCUUGAACUGCACAGGUCCGUUCACAUGGGAGAGAAACCGUAUCACUGCUCAGAAUGUGGGAAGAAUUUUACUCACCAGUGUAAUCUCCAAACGCAUCAGCGCAUUCACACCGGAGAGAAGCCGUAUCACUGCUCACUGUGUGGAAAGAGUUUUACACAACUAAGUCAUUUCCAAAUUCACCAGCGCAUUCAUACGGGAGAAAAGCCAUUUCAGUGCUUACAAUGUGGGAAGAGAUUUAAUCGAGAAAGUACUCUCCAAACACACCAACGUAUUCACACAGGAGAGAAACCAUUUCUCUGCUCGCAGUGUGGAAAGAGUUUUACACAACUAGGUCAUUUCCAAAUACACCAGCGCAUUCAUACGGGGGAAAAGCCGUAUCAGUGCUUACAAUGUGGGAAGAGAUUUAAUCGAGAAAGUACUCUCCAAACACACCAACAUAUUCACACAGGAGAGAAACCGUUUCACUGCUCACAGUGUGGAAAGAGUUUCACUGAACAAUGUAAUUUCCAAAGUCACCAACGCAUUCACACAGGAGAGAAGCCGUAUCUCUGCUCCCAGUGUGGGAAGAGCUUUGCCCAACAUAGUACUCUCCAAAGACAUCAACGCAUUCAUACAGGAGAGAAGCCAUAUAAUUGCUCCCAGUGUGGGAAGAGCUUUACCCAUCAAAGUAGUCUCCAGCGACACAGCCGUAUUCACACAGGAGAGAAACCGUAUUUCUGUUUACAGUGUGGGAAGAGUUUUACUCUACAGCAGGAUCUUGAACUGCACCAGUCCGUUCACAUGGGAGAGAAACCGUAUCACUGCUCAGAAUGUGGGAAGAAUUUUACUCACCAGUGUAAUCUCCAAACGCAUCAGCGCAUUCACACCGGAGAGAAGCCGUAUCACUGCUCACUGUGUGGAAAGAGUUUUACACAACAAGGUGCUCUCCAGCGACACCAACGCAUCCACACAGGAGAGAAACCAUAUCAGUGCUUCUGGUGUGAAGAGAGAUUUGCUAACUCUGGCAAUCUUCGACGUCAUCAGCUAAUCCACACAGGAGAAAAACGGUAUCGCUGUCUACAGUGUGAUAAGGGUUUUAUUGAAAGAAGUGAUCUUGAGAAACACAAACGUGUCCACACAGGAGAGAAGCCGUAUCACUGCUCGGAGUGUGGCAAGUGUUUUUCUGAGAAUGGUGCGCUUAAAAAACACCAGCGCAUUCACACUGGAGAGAAACCGUAUUCCUGCUUGAAGUGUGGACGGAACUUUACUUUCACAAGCUCUUUCAGAACACACAAGUGCACGAACACAGACAAGUUGUUGUUGGGUUGACAGGAUUGGUGUAAACAUUUUAUUUUUUAAAUGUAUUUUUUUAAAAUAUUUAUAUUUUUAGCAUUUUGCAGGCACCCUUAUAUAGGGUGAGUUACAAAAGUGCUUUGUAGUGUCCACUAAAAGGUAUCCUGAUGCUAGUACAAGUAGGUCGAAGUCUAAAAAUACAAUAAAGCUAGAAUCCUCUUAGAGAGGAGUUAGUACAACGAGUUUGUUUAGCAAAAACAGUGCACAAAAAAAAGUCAGUCUUGGUGAAAAAGUAGGUCUUUAGUCUUUGAUUGAAGACAGAAAGCUGUUCAGACUGCCAGGGGAAGUUCAUUCACCACCUGGGUGCAGGUUUGAUGAGGUUUGAUGCAUGUCUUCCUUGUGCCUUGAGGGAUGGUGGGUCCAGUGGAGCAGUGCUAGAGGCUGGAAGGGAGAAGUUUCUUCAGGUAGCUGCUGUCCAUUGUUUUCCAUCAGCAUUGCAGUGAUGUGAAAACGCAUGCAGAUGAAACUCGCAGAGAGAGCAAGUAUAGAGGACAUGACAUCGCCAAGAUAACGAGUAUAGAGGGAGAACAGAAGAGGACCCUGCACUUUACCUUGUGGGACACCAUCUCCUCCAUGUUACCUGAUAUGACCGUUCCUCCAGGUAGGACGCAAACCAACGGCAUUCUGUGCAACAAAUUCCAAGUCUCUUGAGAAUGGACAUUAGAUGCUUGUGAUUGUGUUAUAGGCUGCUGACAGGUUAAAACGCAUAAGACUGAUUACUGUUUGACUGACCUUUUGGCAUAAAACCUCUCAGUAACAGCCAUAAGGGCAGCUUCUGUGAUGAAAUAAUGAUGAAAAAUAUAUUGGGUGUAUGGGAGGGAAGAAAUUUUCCCUCCUUCCCCUAUUCCUACACUGCAUAAUCCCCUUCCUUUUCUAGUUCCUUAACAUAUUUUUCAUAUAGCUUUUCCUGAAAUCCCAACCCCAGUCCUUCCUCCCACUACCUUUAUGCUCUUCCUUACAAUGUAUUGCCUUACUACAAAAAGAAGAUUUUGCAAGUUUGAAUCUCAGGUUGACUCACUGAUCUGCCUUUUUUGUAUUAAAUUAACUUGAGAUUAACUUGAAAUUCUGAAAGUACUAUUUAAUUUUAGGCACACUAUCAUCUGACUAGCAUCCUUAUAUUUGUGAGGCUCAGACUUGUAUUGUUUAUGAGAGAUAAAUAAUAAUGAUGAUUAUUGUGAUGAUGAAUAAUCAUAAUAAAGAUGAUCAAAUGUU